GCUGCAGAUGCAGUAUUUAGAGCAAUUGGGAAGCCCUGGACCGUGCCAUGGACAGCUGAGACUAUACUACAGGUGACACUCCUUUGGAUUGUCGCAUUCUGGUUCGUGGGCUCUUGGAUGAUUCCAUUCGGAGCUCACAUAGCGGGUUUCAGCAAGGAAUCUCUAACAUACAGAGGGCAGGCCUUGUACAGCCUUUUGACCGAUGUAACCGAAGGCCUUGCCGGAAUCGCAAUUCUUCAUCGUUGCCUGUCUCGCUUUUGUCCCCUUCCAUCUGAUUGGUUUAAAUUUAGCCUGAGAGGGAAUUGGCUGUUUGAUGUUGCUCUUGGGUGCCUCAUGUUUCCUUUGGUCAACCGGCUCUCAAAGUUCAACCUUGACUUAUUGCCUCUUCUGCCUUCAACACCUGUCACACUCUCGAACGUUGAGCAGUCAAUUGUAGCACGUGAUCCAAUCGCAAUGUCUUUGUAUGCACUCGUGGUUUCAGUGUGCGCUCCAGUGUGGGAGGAAAUUGUUUUCCGGGGUUUUCUUCUCCCAUCCUUGACCAAGUACAUGCCUGUAUGGUGUUCAAUCCUUGUGAGUUCAGUUGCCUUUGCUCUAGCACAUUUCAAUUUACAGAGGAUUCUACCUCUUAUUUUUCUUGGCGUGGUGAUGGGUGUAAUUUUUGCACGCUCAAGGAACCUAUUGCCAUCUAUGCUCUUGCACAGUCUUUGGAAUGGCUUUGUUUUCUUGGAUUUGAUGAAAUAGAAUUCUUGCUUUACUCUUUGCAUACCAA